AACAGCUGGUCUACCUCACAGGAAACUUGAGGCUUGCAGAUGACAGCACACGCAUCUGAACCCAGCAAUAAGGCCAGUGUGAUUUUAUCCACAGACUCUUUCUAAUCUACCUGCUUUUUGACCUCUAUGCAUUUGUUAAUGGUUGAUAUUGAUGAUACAUAUAUUGUUUGAUUGGUAAUCAGAUUUGGGACAACAACAGUAUAUUCAUUUGUUUGCACAUAGCAUGUAUGUUGCAGUUUGAGGCUUGGCAAUGACUGACCAUUCAAAUAACAGAGUUUAAUUUCGGCUGAGUUGGGGAAGUUGUACCUUGCAAUUUGAUCGGUUGUUUGUAUAUGGUUGAUAUUGUGUGUGGACCUGGCGUUGUUUGCUCUUACACCUGUAGGGUUGUUUUUGCAUCCUCUGAAGUUGGCAAAUUUAUUCAUUUGUUUGUUGAUUGUGAUAAAAAGGGGGAAUAUAGGUAGUAAUAAUAAUAGUGUAUCAAUUAAAAUAAAUAUAAUAAUAGGAUAAUAGAAUAGAGUUAAGGUUAUUUUUAAUUAGGUUGAAUUUGAUUACAGAUAAAAAGAGGGUGUUACUAUUAUAUCGAAAAUGGAUAACUCAAAAGUAACUACUCCUGUUGAGGUAGUUCAGAAGAAUAACCCUUUAAUUAAAGGUAUUGCAAAGAUGUCACAGAAGAGGGGUGUAAGCGUUGGCCUGAAAUUGAGCAACCAUGGCCAGUGAUAGGAACCUUUAAUCCAGAAGUAAUAAAAACAAUACAGGUGCUUGUGACCACAUAUAAGGCAGAUGAAAAGAAAGGAAGAAAAGGUGAAAGACGUAAACAGAAGAGACAAACGGAGCUUGGCAUUCUCCAGUUGUUUGAGAAGGAGGGACAGAAAUGGAUGGAGAAGAAGAAAGACUGUGAAGAGAAGACGGUAGAUGAAAUGAAAAAGAAUGUGAAGAAAACAGAGAAGUUAAUGGCAGAGAUUGAUGCACCCUUUUCACAUGUAGUUCCAGUACAGAGACCUCCGCCGUAUAAGAAGGAGAUGGAGCUCAGGGAAGUUUAUCCUCAGCUUCCGGUAAUUAGUCAAGAGGGCAAUUACCACAUUAAGAAUGAGGCUGAGCAGGUUAUAAAAGUGGGGAAGGCAGAGACAACUAUUAGGAUGAAUCCAAGUACAAAAAGUAAAAAGAAAACGACACGUUUGGAGACCGGAGGACAAUUGAGAAUUAAAAGGAUGGAUUUUGGAGAAGUGGAGGAUCAGAGUGAUGAAGAAGAAGCCAUGGGAGGAUAUGAUCCAGCAGUCAGACGACUACUGGCCAGAGCGGAAAGAAGAGGAGGCACAACAGGAAGAAGAAUGGAACUGAGAGAUGAAAGUGAAGUUGAAGGUGAAAGUGGAAGUGAAAAUGAGAUUGAGAAUGAGGAAAGUGAUGAAGAAAGUGAGAGUCCUACUCUUUUGAAGUCUGCUAAGAUAAAAACUGUUUAUAGAGACGAAGAAAGACGACAGAUUUUAAGAGAAGUUGAAGAGAAUAUAGAUCGAUGCUGUAGAUGUCUGGACAAAUGCACUACACCAAAAGGAAGGAAGGCAUUAGAAGACCAAUUACAAGAACUGCAGAUUCAGAAGAAAGAGUUGCGGAAAACAGGUUCCCAAAAACAGGACAAGGAAUAUGAACUGCGUUCAAGGAAAGAGAAGAAGCCUGGUAAGAUGUGUCCAGUUGUCAUAAGAGGUCAGAAUUUGGAAUGUAAACCUUGGCAGAGUACUGACAUGUCAGAUAUACUUGAGAAGUUACCUACUCUUCAAGAUGGAGCACACCCUUGGAUCUCAAAGUUGGAAGAGAUCAUGGUGGGGACGCAAGCUGCAGUAGGAGACAUUAAGAGAUUGCUGGCUAAUAUACUUGGGGUUCCAGCCAUGGGGGAGAUUUUGCAGAGAGCUGGAUUAAACCAUUAUGUGGAAACUGCUGUAAAUGAUUCAGAGCUGUUUGCAGCAAAUAGAGGUCGAGUAUGGAGAGCAUUGAAAGAUAAAUUUCCAACAAAUAUACACCCCGACAACAUUCUCAUUGAGCCACUGGGACAGGAAGAAAAUCCGAGAGCCUAUGUGUCAAGAGCCUAUCAAGUGUGGAGAAAUGUCACAGGAAAGAUCCAGAGGAGAGUCAAAUGGAGCAAUCAAUUUUGCGAGCCAAGAUACAGAAGGGGCUACCUCUACCAGUGCGGAGCAAAUUGGCAGAAGUGGUCGGUCUUGGAAAUAUGGCGAAAGGUGUAUAUACAGACCAUGUAGCACAUCAAGUGGACCUGUAUAGAAAGAAGGAGUAUGAUCAGAAGGAACAAGAUCAAGAAACUCUUCGGAAACUCAAUCAAAUACAAUUGGUGGAUAACAAGAAGAAGGACUUCUGAGAGCAGAUGUGCUGAAGAUAACUCAAAAUCCUAUAAGCAAUACGCCAUUGUUGCCUUUACAGAAACCAGAUGAUUCCUAUCGCUUGGUUCAUGAUUUGAGAUUUGUGAACGAAGUAGUAGCCGAUUUUCCAGCAGAAGUGCCAGAUCCGCAUACUUUGUUAGCUCAAAUUCCCCCAAAUGCUACACAUUUUACAGUACUGGAUUUAUGUGGUGCAUUUUUCAGUGUUCCACAGAGCGUAGAAAGUCAGGGUUUGUUAGGGUUCACAUACAAGGGACAGUUUUAUGUGUACAAAAGGUUGCCACAGGGAUUUAAACAUAGUCCUCAUAUUUUCAAUAAAGUAUUGAAAGAUGAUUUGGCAGGACUAGAUCAAAAAUUAAAAAGUACAGUGGUUCAAUAUGUAGAUGACAUUAUUAUUUGUUCACCAGAUAAGAAAACAUGUCAUGAAGACUCAAUUAAGUUGUUGCAGAUUUUGGCAGAAAAUGGUCACAAGGUCUCACAGAAGAAGUUGCAAUAUUGUCAGGAGAAGGUAGUUUAUUUGGGUCAAACAAUAUCACAGGGCCACAGAAGUAUUUCUGACAGUCAUUUAGAGGCUAUUCGAAAGGCUCCAAAGCCCCGAACAGUCAGGGAGAUGAUGACAUUCCUCGGUAUCACUGGUUACUCUUCAGCAUGGAUUGAAGAUUAUGCAAGUUUGACAGGACCUUUAAGGGCUAUGAUUAAAGAUACUGGGAGUACUCAACUUCAUUGUAAUCUUCUCUGGACACAGGAUGGUUUAUUAGCCUUUGAAACGAUUAAACAGAGGUUACAAGAAGCUCCAGCGUUAGCACUUCCAGACUAUUCUAAGAAUUUUCUGUUGUACGUAUCUACCUCAGCUGGAGGAAAAUAUGCAUGUGCAGUUCUUUGUCAGCCAACAGGUACAGGGACCAGUCCUCAACCUAUUUCAUAUUAUUCUACUGCUUACUCAGAUGUUGAACUUGGACUACCACUGUGUUAUAGAGCAAUGGUGGGAGUCUAUUUAAUGUAUGACAAAGCAUCUUCGGUCACGAGGGGAUAUCCAGUGACAAUUCUUACUCAUCAUAGUCUCAGAAAUCUUUUGAACUAUGGCAGGUAUACGUUGACCAUGCCUAGACUUAGAGACUAUAAUAGGCUUUUAGAACAGGAGGAUGUCACAUUAGUCAGAUGUGUUACGAUAAAUCCAGCUGAGAAUUUGCCAACUCCAGAAGAUGGUGAACCACAUGAUUGUGUUCAAGAAGCAGAGAAAUACUCAAGAUUAAGGUCAGAUUUGAAAGCUCUCCCACUGCGUGAGGCAGAUGUAGAGUAUUGGACAGAUGGGUCCUGUUAUCGUGUGGGAGAUAAUUUGAGUGCUGGUUAUGCGGUGGUAAAAGCCCAGGGAACAGGAUUUGUUGUUGAGAAAGCGGAAGUGGUACCGCAGCCUGCAUCAGCGCAGCUUGCCGAAUUGGUGGGGUUAACUGAAGCAUGUCUUUUAGCGGAAGGCAAGCGUGUGACGGUCUAUACAGAUUCUGCAUAUGCUCAUAAUGUGUGUCAUUUGUUUGGAUCGGUAUGGAAAAAUCGAGGGUUUAAGAAAACAGAUGGUUCCCCAAUACAGCAUCACACUCAGAUAAUGAAACUUCUCCAUGCUAUGAUGAAA